GCCGGUUGAUGCCAUUUUGAAGCGACCAUUUGUACCGGACCGGCGAUGAACACUCCGUUUUUCUGGGAACGAUACUAAUUGUACUAGUCGUGUGUGGAUUUGUGCUGUGCUUUGUCGUGUUGCGUCGUGUUUGGAUGUGUGUUGAAAAUCUCGAUUCUGGGUUGAUUGCGAGCUGUAAACGAACGAUAAGAUUGAUUCGCAAUGCUGAAUCCUUUGGUUGAAUUGAAAUAGAGCCAAGAUAAAGGAAUAUAAUGGAUCGUUGGAACACUUUUUGCAAUGCGGUGUACUGCACGGAGUACGAUGAAGACAUCCUGCAAACGCUGAAGGAAUGUGAAGAGAACCGAGAGACCGUGCACUUCGGUUCGCCACUGCUAAUCCAUCGAAAAGCGACCGUGGGGCUGAUAGAGAAGGUGUGCGAACAGCAAUCUUAUCGUCGGGCUACCGUUCACUUAGCUGUUUACCUGCUGGACGUGGUAAUGUGCAAUCACAUGAUUGCGGAACGCACCUUGAAUCUGGUGGCCCUCACCUGCCUUUAUCUGGCCUGCAAAAUCGAAGAAAACGAGCCCAAUGUACCUUCGCCGACUAAGUUGAACGGGAUUUUGGCGAACACAUACACUCCGGCCGAUUUUAUCGCUCUGGAAGUGGCCAUACUGACCUACUUCAAGUGGCACAUCACCAUCCCCACGGCGUCAACCUUUCUGGACAUAUUCGCGCAGUACUGUUUCGACCAGGAGGAUUACGACGGCAUGCCGCGCGAUUUGCAGACUGAGCAGACUUCCGUGCAGCAGUUUACCGAAACUAUAACCGAGAACUGUGACAUAAUUCUGAAGAAUACGUUGCAGCAUUUAAAAUUCUGCAACAUCAAACCGUCGCUGCUGGCGGCUGGCUGUGUGGCAGCUGCCCGGUUAAACGUGAAUAAUUUACCCGCCUGGAAUGACCGGCUAGUGCGUGCCACUGGCUACGAAUACACCCAGCUCCAAUCAAUUUGUCUGGUGCUGCUGUUCGAUGCACUGCCACGGCCACGGUCAUCCACGUCGCUGAGCUGUACGCCCAAACAUUCGACAGUCAGUGAUGCAGGCUAUCUGUCGGAAUUGGACGAUACGGAUGAGGAUGGUGAUGUGUACAGCAAUGGCCGCCAGUCCAGCAGCAGCCACAGCGAGAACAGCGACGACCAUGCUACAAGCUCUCCGAUCGGGGACGAAAGUAAUGGCAACAAAAGGCUCAUGGAUUCCGGAACCUUUUCCGACGAUACUGCAGAACGAUGCGCCAAAAAGCGAAAGAUGCUGGAUCAGACUCUCAAGUAGGUGUGCAGGCGUGUGCUGUAGAACGGUACACGCGAAGAAAGCACACACAUACACGUACAGGUUAGCAUUUCGUAGGUUUAAUUGAAUCGUUUGGCUUAUCAGGCUUUAUUUCUAUACAAGGAAUAUCGGAAGGUAGCAUCUCAGGUUAUAUUUCUCUGGUGAAACUAACUAGUAACUCUAUCAGAUUGCGAAUCACGUUAGGUUUGAAGAUUAGACUGUUCGGUGUGCCCGCCACGGUCUAGAUCAGCUUGAAAUGGUGUCCAUUGAUGACAGGCUUUGUCCCACAGGUGAGAUUCUGUGGAAGUUUCGACAGAACGAACUGUCCCGCCGAAAGAGAAGAGUGAAAAGAAAGGGGAAGAGUUGGAUUAGGGAAUAAAAUGCCAGAUGGAUGCUACGCUACUAUCACUACAUCGCAGA